GGUUUGUUACUUGUCCACUCCCGAAACCACAAAUAAAAACAUGAGCCUCCCGUCCCGUCCCGUCCGUCUCAAAGCCUGCCUCUUCCAUCAUCAUCAUCUUCUUCUUCUUUAGAUUCUGAUUCAUUCAUUAGUAGAUUCUGCUCCGUCGGUGGUGCCGGACGGAUAGAUCGAUCUGUCGUCCCUUCCUCCUCCUCCUCCUCCUCUUCAGCUCGAUCCAUCAGUUCCUAGGUAAGGUAAGGUAAGGUAAGGUAAGGUUUACACCAAGGAGCUAAGGGAAGGGGAGGAGGGAACGCGCCUGCCAUGAAGUACACCAAGGAAGCAAAGCCCGAGAGGGCGGCCGGCGGCUCCAGAGCAGUCCCGCUGGCGCUCCUGCUCAUCGUGCUCUGCGUCUUCUCCUUCUACCUCGGCGGCAUCUACAGCACCGGCCGCAGCCUCCUCCAGCCGGCGCCGCCUCUUACCCUGGGCACCACCCGCCAGCAAGAAGCAGCGGGGAUAUCCAUCGUCGUGUUCCCCGAGUGCCCCGCUGACUUGCAGGACUACACUCCCUGCACCGAUCCCAGGCGCUGGAGGAAGUACGGCAACUACCGCCUCAGCUUCAUGGAGCGCCACUGCCCGCCGGCGCCCGAGCGCCACCAGUGCCUGGUGCCACCGCCCGAGGGCUACAAGCUGCCCAUCAGGUGGCCCAAGAGCAAGGACCAGUGCUGGUACAGGAAUGUGCCCUACGACUGGAUCAACAGCCAGAAGUCCAACCAGCACUGGCUCGCCAAGGACGGCGACCGCUUCCGCUUCCCCGGCGGCGGCACCAUGUUCCCCAACGGCGUCGCCGCCUACGUCGACCUCAUGCAGGACCUCGUCCCCGGCAUGCGCGACGGCACCGUCCGCACCGCCCUCGACACCGGCUGCGGCGUCGCCAGCUGGGGCGGCGACCUGCUGGGACGCGGCAUCCUCACCGUCUCCCUCGCGCCCAGGGACAACCACGAGGCCCAGGUGCAGUUCGCGCUCGAGCGCGGCAUCCCGGCCAUCCUCGGCAUCAUCUCCACGCAGCGCCUGCCCUUCCCGUCCGCCGCCUUCGACAUGGCGCACUGCUCGCGCUGCCUCAUCCCCUGGACCGAGUUCGGCGGCCUCUACCUCCUCGAGAUCCACCGCGUCCUCCGCCCGGGAGGCUUCUGGGUGCUCUCCGGCCCGCCCAUCAACUACGAGAACCGGUGGCACGGCUGGAACACCACCGUCCAGGCGCAGAAGGCCCACCUGGACAGGCUCAAGGAGAUGCUCGCCAGCAUGUGCUUCAAGCUCUACACCAUGAAGGGCGACAUCGCCGUGUGGCGCAAGUCCCCCGACGCCACUGCCUGCUACGACAAGCUCACCCCAGUCUCCUCGCCCGCCAAGUGCGACGACAGCGUCGACCCGGACGCCGCCUGGUACGUGCCCAUGCGCUCCUGCCUCACCGCUCCCAGCGCGAGGUACAAGAAGCUGGACCUCAACGCCACCCCCAAGUGGCCCCAGAGGCUCAGCGUCGCUCCGGAGCGCAUCAACGUCGUACCCGGCAGCAGCGCCGGCGCCUUCAAGCAAGACGACGCCGAGUGGAAGCUCAGGACCAGGCACUACAAGGCGUUGCUUCCCGCGCUAGGAUCCGACAAGGUCAGGAAUGUCAUGGACAUGAACACAGUCUAUGGAGGAUUCGCAGCCAGCCUGAUCAAGGACCCCGUCUGGGUCAUGAACGUCGUCUCCUCCUACGGACCCAACUCCCUCGGCGUCGUCUACGACAGAGGGCUCAUCGGCACCAACCACGACUGGUGCGAGGCAUUCUCGACAUACCCACGCACCUACGACCUGUUGCAUCUUGAUGGCUUGUUUACUGCAGAGUCUCACAGAUGUGAGAUGAAGUUCGUGCUUCUUGAGAUGGACCGUAUCCUUCGUCCCACUGGUUAUGCCAUAAUCCGGGAGAGCACCUACUUUCUGGAUUCUAUAGCAACCGUUGCCAAAGGAAUGAGAUGGAGCUGCGAGAAGCAUAACACCGACAACAAGGCUGACAAGGAGAAGAUCCUAAUCUGCCAGAAAAAGCUUUGGUCAGGAAAGAACAGCCAGCAGUGAGAAAGAAUCAUAUAUCCAGGAUAACUAAAAAUACAGACAGACUCAACCUGGAUAGAUGAUAUGUAAGAUGCUCAAGGGCAUCCAAAGGAAACAAGCUCAAAAUAUGGUCAUGAUCUCAGCCAACAAGGCAAAGGCGCUUCACCUUCCAGCAGACAUGAGAGAUGAGCACUCUGAUACAACAAGGUUCAUAAUUAUCAAAAUAAAUAAAAUGAGUAAAGCACCGUAUAGGAUCCAAUAGUUAGUACUCUUUGUCAUUAAUCGCACAGUUAAUUCUUUUUGUAUGAACAGUUAAGAGACCUAAAGUUUCGUAAUACCAAGAGGCAACUGUAAGUUACUCCAUAUAUACUACCUGUGCUCAUUUGUACUACAUAGUAUAACUUGGUGCUGUGACUGUAAUAAGAGGGCCAUAUAUUUAUUUAAGCAUUAAUGGAGUAAGAUAUGACUGA